UCGGCUUUACGCACUCAGCUGACCCGAGGAGGGGCGUGGCCGACAGCUAGCAGCCGAUGGUGUUGUAACAGUCAAGUUUGUGUGGUUAUCUGGCUGUUCGUGUGAGCUCCCUGCUGGCUGUGUGACAGUAUGCACGGUAGAGUACAGUAAGAAAGAAGAACAGCGUUUUGUAGGGCUCUCUCUAACCGUGUGGAGUUUGCGUUGAAGCUGAGCAGACGGGGGCUGAAAUGCGAACGUAGCUGUUAGCAAGCGAGCCAGGCCGCGUAGAAGUGGCUGGCUGUAUCCUUCAUCCAGACAGACAGGAGCAUAAAUGUUGCACACAGACCGGUCUGCCGACGUGGUUGACGACGCCGGGGAAGAUGCGCAAAGACGUGAGGAUAUUAUUAGUGGGAGAGCCCAAGGUGGGGAAGACCUCUCUCAUCAUGUCACUGGUCAGCGAGGAGUUCCCAGAUGUGGUUCCCUAUCGAGCUGAAGAAAUUACCAUACCGGCUGAUGUUACACCGGAGAGAGUUCCCACACACAUUGUGGAUUACUCUGAGGCAGAGCAGACGGAUGAGCAGUUAUUUCAGGAGAUUUCCAAGGCAAAUGUGAUUUGCAUUGUCUACGCUGUCAACAACAAGAAGUCUAUAGAGAAGGUGACGAGCCACUGGAUCCCCCUCAUUACAGAGAACACAGACAAGGACAGCAGGGUUCCCCUGAUCCUGGUGGGGAACAAGUCUGAUUUGGUGGAGCACAGCAGCAUGGAGACCAUACUUCCCAUUAUGAACCAGUACAGUGAGAUAGAGACUUGCGUUGAGUGUUCAGCAAAGAACCUGAAGAACAUCUCCGAGCUUUUCUACUAUGCUCAAAAGGCAGUUCUCCACCCCACUGGUCCCCUCUACUGUCCAGAGAAAAAAGAUAUGAAGCCACUUUGUGUAAAAGCUCUCACUCGAAUCUUCAAAGUGUCAGACCUAGAUAACGAUGGUAAUCUCAACGACAACGAGCUCAACUUUUUUCAGCGGACGUGCUUCAACACCCCGUUGGAGCCUCAGGCGUUAGAGGAUGUAAAAAACGUGGUGAGGAAGAAUUUAAUUGAUGGCGUGUGUGACAACGGCCUCACUCUUAAAGGAUUUUUGUUUCUCCACACGCUGUUCAUUCAGCGAGGACGCCAUGAAACAACCUGGACAGUACUCAGGCGAUUCGGAUAUGAUGAUGACCUGGAGUUAAAUCAGGACUAUCUCUUCCCUCCGUUGAAAAUUCCCCCAGACUGCACUACUGAGCUCAACCAUAAUGCCUACCUCUUCCUCCAGAGCGUCUUUGACAAACACGAUAAGGACCGUGACUGUGCCUUGUCACCAGAGGAGCUGAGGGACUUGUUUGAUGUUUUUCCCUACAUGCCCUGGGGGCCAGAUGUCAAUAACACAGUUUGCACUAAUGACCAAGGCUGGAUCACCUACCAGGGGUAUCUCUCACAGUGGACGUUAACAACUUAUCUGGAUGUCCAAAGAUGUUUGGAGUAUUUGGGGUAUCUUGGUUACUCAAUAAUUGCUGAGCAGGAGUCCCAAGCUGCAGGAAUUACAGUGACCAGGGAUAAGAAGAUUGACCUGCAGAAGAAGCAGACCCAGCGCAGCGUCUUCCGCUGUAAUGUUUUUGGAGACAUUGGCAGUGGCAAGAGUGGCUUCCUACAAGCCUUUCUGGGUAGAAACCUCAUGCGCCAGAAGACCAUUAAAGAGGAGCACAGAUCCUACUAUGCCAUCAAUACAACCUAUGUUUACGGCCAGGAGAAAUACCUUCUCCUUCACGAAGUGUUUCCUGACUUCGACUACCUGUCUGACUCUGAUCUGGCCUGUGACAUCGUCUGCCUAGUCUAUGACGUCAGCAACCCUUACUCCUUUGAGUACUGCGCCAAGGUUUUCAAGCAAUACUUCAUGGACAGCAAGACGCCAUGUAUGAUGAUUGCAGCAAAGUCAGACCUGCCAGAGGUCAAGCAGAUGUAUGGCUGCAGUCCUCUGGAGUUCUGUCGGAGGCACAAGAUGCCCCCGCCUCAGUCUUUCACUUGUAACGCAGCCUCAGCACCCAACAGAGACAUCUACACCAAACUUACCACCAUGGCAAUGUAUCCCCACGCCCGGCUGCGCUGCAUGUGCACUUGUAACCGGUGCACAUUCUGCUUGUGUCAGAACUUCCUCAACUCUGAGCUGCUGCAGACGGUCAGGGCCAAACUCUACGCUGUCGUACUCCGAAGACACGUUAGCCAAGCGGACCUAAAGAGCUCGACCUUCUGGCUGAGAGCGAGCGUUGGAGCCACGGUGUUUGCAGUGCUGGGAUUCGCCAUGUACAGAGUGCUGCUCAAAACGCGGUAAUCCUUCAGCAUUCAGUCCAGCCCUCACUACCCGGGGUACAUAAAAGCUAAUUUGACCAGUCGGAAGUUUUGAUUUUCCUGUUUUCAUUGAAUUAACUUUAUGGAAAAUCACUCAUAAUUCUGUUGUUUAAUAAGCCCCGUUUAAAAAAAAAAAAAAAAA